AAUCAUUAAUAACAAUUAUUGUUUUAAAGAAUAGUCGGCAUAAUUUUUCAGCAGAUAUUAAAAAUCUAAAAGUUCAGAGAUAUGAAGUUUUUUCUUCAAUUUUUAGCUGUUUUUGCUUUGGCUUUGGUAUGCCAAUGUAAAAACAUAAACGGGCAUUUAAAUUUUGCAAGAUCGGUCGACCAGUGUCCAGAUUUUUCGGCUUUGGGUAACUUUUCCCUAGAUAGUUUCAUGGGGGUCUGGCACGAGAUCCUGAGAUACCCCAACCCGAUGGAAGUGGGCUGCUCGUGUGUGGUAUCAGACUAUGAAGUGAACAAAUUGACAGAUGAAGGCAAACACAUUAUUCUGAACAUGACCUACGUACAAAACAGCGAGAGCAGAAACUCGGCACUCAAUGUGCUCUACCCGAACAACGACAACAAGGCCGAGUUCGUGUUCAUGCCCGAGUACAACAAGAAGCCCAACGUGUUCUUCCUAGACACCGACUACUCCACCUACGCCCUGCAGUAUGGGUGCGACACUCUGUGGGGAUACGGAACUGUCGAGUUCGCCUUCAUUCUCUCGCGAACGGAAACUCUGCCGGCAGAUUUGAUCGAGACCCUCAAGCAGGAACUGGCUACUAAGACUGGAACUGACGUCAGUCAGUUUGAAGAACCCCAGCACACCAACUGUGCCGUGCCUCAAUAGAUUCAGUGUGCAAAUGAACCUAACUGAACUCUUUAUAGAUUAGAUUGUAGAAGAGAGAUGUUAUAUGUCAAUUGCUCUUGAAUUAGAAGGUUUUGAAAACCG